UUAACCACUUCCAGUCCGGACACUUUUACCCCCUUCCUGACCAGGGCAAUUUUCAGCGCCAUCACACUUUGAAUGACUACUGCGCGGUCAUGGUACAAGGCUGUUGUGAAUAGCCUUGUAUCAUGUGACCUCUGAUCACUCACAGAUUUCAAACGUAGUAAGCAAUGAUGUCAGAAGUGACAUCUUGCUUACUACUUUGCAUGUGAUCACUGAUUGGCCAAUCAGUGAUCACAUGAGAAUUGUACACAAUAGAUGGCUUCCUUUCAUGCCAUCCAUUGUAUACAAGUGUGUUGUUAGCUGGGAUUUGUCAAAACAGUCACAUGGUACAGACAGGGCCAACCACAGCCCAUCUGUAUCAUGUGAUGAGCUUUGCCCAAUCACAGCU